AUGCUCACGGAGGGAGUAAGCAGGGCUGGUGAGUCGCCGGUGAUACGGUCAUCUCUGCAGAUAGCGAGAGGCGAGACGUGAGGCGGGAGGUGCGUAAGUCUCUGUGUGAGUCUAACAAAGAGGUGACACCACCGGUCCGUGAUCACGGGCUCUGAGUAAAACCGACUAGCUCUGCACUUGACUCUCGUCACGGCGUUACGGUCGCGCUGUGCGCUCUGUCUUUCCGCUCAUUGAUCGGGUCGAUGAGUUCCUUGGCCGCGAAUUGGGCGACUUGAUCGGAAGAGAGAGCUCCUUAAACAGCUCAGCCCCUGCGGCGCCAAGCUACUGGAGGUCGAAGGGAAUUUUCUGGAACAAUGGCUUCGGCACAGGAGAAGAACAGACAGGUGAUUCAAGAAUUUGUCAAACAACCGGGGAACGACUCUUGCGCGGACUGCGGAGUGCUAGACCCUGACUGGGUGUCGGUGACUCUGGGGGUGUUCCUGUGUCAGGGCUGCUCUCUGAUCCACCGCAGUCUCCCCCACAUCAGCCGCCUCAAGGCCAUACAGGACCCUGCCUGGGACGCCGCCGAGGUGGAGUUGGUAACCUCACUGGGGAACGCUGCAGCCAAAGCCAAGUAUGAACAGAGUGUCCCAGCAUUCUACUACAGACCCAAACACACAGACUGCAGGAUUCUCCGGGAGCAGUGGGUGAGAGCCAAGUAUGAGAGGCAGGAGUUCACGUACAUCGAGAAACAAGAGCCGUAUUCAGCAGGUUACAGGGAGGGGUAUCUUUGGAAACGGGGGCGUGACAACGGGCAGUUCCUGAGCCGCAAGUUCAUCCUGUCGGAGAGAGAGGGAGCCCUCAAGUACUACAACAAGCAAGACGCCAAGGACCCUAAAGCGGUGAUGAAGAUUGAGACUCUGAACGCUACGUUUCAGCCAGCUAAGAUUGGCAACGCCUGUGGCCUGCAGAUCACCUACCUGAAGGACAACAGCACCCGCAACAUCUUUGUGUAUCAUGAGGAUGGAAAGGAAAUGGCGGACUGGUUUAAUGCCAUUCGGGCAGCUCGUUUCCAUUAUCAUCAGGUGGCUUUUCCUGGAGCUAAUGACACAGACUUGAUCCCCAAACUCACUCGCAACUUUAUGAAGGAGGGUUUCAUGGAGAAGACAGGACCCAGGCACACAGAGGGCUUUAAGAAGAGAUGGUUUACUAUGGAUGACAGACGACUCAUGUACUUCAAAGACCCACUGGACGCAUAUGCGCGUGGAGAGGUGUUCAUAGGCAGUAAGGAGAACAGCUACACGGUGCUCCCCGGCCUCCCGCCCACCAUCCAGGGUUACCAUUGGCAGCACGGCAUCACCAUAGUAACGCCAGACAGGAAGUUCCUGUUCGCCUGUGAGACGGAGGCGGAGCAACGCGACUGGAUCGCCGCCCUGCAGAGGAUCAUCAACCGCCCUAUGCACCCCCAGGAGUACGCAGUUGAGGCUCAUUUCAAACACAAGCCUUGACGCUGCAUCCGCGGGGAUGGAUCCUCCCAGCCACCAAUCCAGAGCCAGACUGAGCGACAGCUCCCGCCUCCAACCCCAACCUGGUCCAAUCAGAGGCCAGGAUACAGAGCUGUGCAUUGGAGGAAGUCCCUCUCAUCCAACUGUCACCCAGCCCCUCCUCACUCAUACUCAGCCAAUCAUUAUUCACUCCUGUAGCUAUCUGCCCUCUCAUUGGUUGGCUGUAUAUUCCUUCCUGGAAUAGGGUUUCCUGUGAACCUUUGAAUAAGGAGUUUUCUGAUUGGUUGUCAGAGCCCGAUAUCUAAUCUUAUCCACCAUUAUACGCUUGAAGAACCCAGAGAGGAACUGACCACAGGCAGCAACUGACUCUGGACACCUCCGGCCCAAAUCCAACCAGGAUCAGAUCCAGAUCAGAUUCAGAUUAGAUGCAAAUCAGAUUCAGAUCAGAUUCAGAUUACAGUACAUCUUCCUGAUCUCUCUGGAUCUGGUGUAGAUCUGGCCCUGGAUUCUGGCCCCGAUUUGUCUCUGAUCUGGUCCAAAUCUAGCUUGGUUCCGACUCAAACCUGGAUCUAAUCCUGUUUUGAAUCUGAUCGGAAUCUGGUAUGAGUCUGGUCGUUAUCUGAGAUGGAUGUGGUCUCGAUCUGGUCAUGAUCUGGUCUUGAUCCAGUCUUGAGCUGGUCUUGACCUGCUGGAGAUCUAGCUGGGCUCGGGUCAGAUCUGGUCUUGAGCUGGUCUUGAUCCAGUCUGGAUCCAGUCUGGAUCCAGUCUGGAUCUCGUCUGGAUCUGGUCUUGAUCCAGUCUGGAUCUGGUCUGGAUCUGGUCUUGAGCUGGUCUUGAUCCAGUCUGGAUCUGGUCUAGAUCUGGUCUUGAUCCAGUCUGGAUCUGGUCUGGAUCUGGUCUAGAUCGGGUCGUGAUCUAAACGGGCUCGGGUCAGACCUGGUCCUGGUGUGCACUGUUCUAGAGUCAGCUGCUGUGUGUGCUGAUAUCCUGCUGUUCUGUUUAUUCCUGUGACUGAGCUUAUUUAUUUGAAACACACCGCAUAGGUCUCAGACCACGGCUGCUUUGGGGUGUUGUAACAUCUCCCCAUGUCCUAUUGGGCAAUGGUGUGUGUGUAUGUGUGUGUGUGUGUGUGUGUGUGUGUGUGUGUGUGUGUGUGUGUGUGUGUGUGUGUGUGCGGGUGCGUGUGUGUGUGUGUGUGUGUGGUCUCUCUGUCGUCAUGUUGUUUAAUAAAAACCAGACGUGUCUCCCUGUC